AUGAAGUUCAGCACCUUCCUCGUUGCCGCUCUUGCCGUCGUUGGUGUCGUCGCCGCCGCCGCCCAACCUGCUGCUGCCGGCAAUCUGCCGGCCGUCAAAUCCGCCGCCGAAGCGCUCCAGAUGCUUGAAGCGUCCGAGUUGCCCGAUGGUCACGAUGGUGACGCCGACAAGAAGGAGCAGUACGGCGGCUGGGGUCUGGGUCUUGGCGCUGGCUGGGGUCUCGGCGGCGGCUGGGGCAACUGGGGUGGCUGGGGUGGCUACGGACCCUACCGCUUCGGGUUCAUGUGCGGCGGCGUCCCUGGCUGGGCCUACCCCAUGGGCUACUGGAACAUGUUCGGCGCGGGUCUCUACGGCGGCAGCUGCGGUCUCGGCAUGCCUUUCGGUGGUCUCUACUACUGCUAA